AUGAGGAACCCAAUCCAUGCACUCCUACUUUGUGCAUUCCCCUUUAUCCAAAGAGUAGCCAGCUGGUCAGAUGAACCGCACAUGCUCAUAGCGCACAUUGCAUACGAGAAUUUAAACGACAAUGAAAAGGCAACCCUAGAUCGAAUUUUCCAAAACAGCCACGAUAAGAAUUUCGAUAACAUCAUAAGUGCAGCAACAUGGCCAGACCACAUAAAAGCGUCAGACCUGAGGAGAUCCCAUCAUUCAUUCCCAUUUGAAAGAAACGAAAUUUUAAACAUUUUUAACGACUGGCAUUAUAUAAAAACGCCUUACAAUCCGAUGAAGGUGGAUUUACCUCCCAAGCAUUUAUAUGGCCAUAACGGAAAACACAACGCAGCAGGAAUUUCAAAACACAUUUACAGGACUUUGAUAAGCAUUAAGAAGAAGCCCAAGUAUGGUUCCUACUAUUCUUACAAUUUCUACUUAAAGUACUUUAUCCAUUUAUUUGGGGAUAUUCACCAACCACUACAUACACUUAACUUUUUUAAUGAGCAUUUACUUAAUGGAGACAAGGGUGGAAAUGACAUUACUGUGAGUUAUAGAGGACUGAAUGGGAAUAUACAUUACUUAUGCGAUAGUAUUUUUAACACUAGAAGGAAAAAGUGGCCCAGUGUAAACGUAAAAAAACUUAAAAAGGAUGCUAUGAGCUUGAUGAAUUCUUUCCCUCCUCGUGAUUUUAGGAACCAACUCAGAAUUCCCAGAGACAAAGUUGCAUACAUAGACACCAUAGUGCAUGAAGCCUACGACUUGGCUCUCGAAUAUGUUUACAAUAGAUUACCCAUAGAUGAAUUAUCUAAAGGAAAAGUAUUUCCCGUUAAUAAAAGUUUUGUGACACAACUGAAGAAUGUUCUCAAUCGGCAGAUGGUUUUAGCUGGGUACAGGUUGGCGGAGUAUUUAAAGGACAUCCUCGCUAAUGUUCCAGAUGAUUUGUAG